AGCUUCCACGUACCUAGCCAAUCACAGCAGCUCUGUACAAAUUUCCAUCGUCCGGCUUCUACGUGAUUUGUGUCGGGAGCGCGCACGCAGAGUCUGACUGUAAAUAACAGGUCAAGAGCGAGAGAGCCAUGGCAAACUGUGGUAAACUUCCUAUUCCUCCUUUGCCAACGACGGCAUAUACUGCAAAAGGAGCCAAAAGGACGAAGACCUUGGCUGAGAAGAAAGCUUUAAAGGAAGCGUUAAAUAAAAAGAGGGACCAGACCAGGGUCAACAUUGGAGAUUCAUUUCAGAGGUGGAGACAGUUGAGGGAGUCUGAGCUGCUGAAGAGUGAUGCCGAGGUGGCUCGAUUCCUUCUUGACAGAUAUCUUCAGACCAAGUCCCUGAGUCAGCCUGACUCUUUAACUCUAUAUCGCCGAUCUUCAACUGAAAACCGCGACACUGUGCAGUAUGAAUACCAGUUAGCGAUGAGUUCACCCAGUGACGAUGAAUUUGAAGUUUCUGCUGCUCCGUCUGUUGAAUCCUCUGAAAACGGACAGGAGUCUGAAAAAACAGAUUCUGCUCAUCAACAACUGAAAAUUAAAGAUGAAGACUCGACAACUCACCUGUCAGGUAACAAAGACACAGAUGUAGAGAAAAACGAGGAUGAAGAAGUCAGCUCUUCUUUCAUCGUUGGAGACGGUCAUCACAUGGUGGAUUUGGGCAGCCCGUCGGAGUACGUCGUUGAUGAAGAGUGCAUCCUUCAGCUGUUCAAGUCAUGUCGGGAAUGCAACAAACAAUGUAAAAUUAGAAAACAGGUGAAAGGACUGAAGAUUGUGAUCAACCAGGCCUGCUGUUACUGUGAACACCGCUUCAAGUGGACCAACCUGCCGGAUGACGACGACAGUGGCUUUCAGUUGAAUGGAAACAAGACAGCGCACGGACCGAUCCACUCAGUGCAGCUGCAGAGUAAAAGUUGAGACGGGUCAUCUCUAAAGGGAGACUUCAGGACAACAGAGGUGGUGCUGCAACCACACUGAAUCAGGAACAUGUUCCAGUUUUGGUUUUUGCCUGCGAUUCAGUGGUUGGAGCGGCUGGACUCGUUUUUCUUUUUCUGCUUUUGAGUUGGACCAGUUUGUUCUGCGACACCUUCAAACACAUCAAAGACACUUCUGAAGCAUGCUCCAGUGUUUGUCUGUAAACAUCAUGCAUACAGCAGGGAAGUGAAAGAGAAUGCUUGGAUUUGAUUGGAUGUUGAAUCACGAUGGCUGUAAUUUAAAGAUUGUCUUUUGGGGAAAGCUGGACCUUCCUCUUAUUAUUUAAUGUUUUUCAUCCUUGUGCCAAUACGCAGCUGCACAAAGCGUACCUGUUCAAAACAGGAGUGUUGUCAAAUUCAAAAGACAAUUAAAGCUGUAUUAAAUGACUCAUCCCUUUA